CGUAACCAGCCAACCUAUUCUUAGGAAAGACAAAGUAAAAAGAAAAAGGAACUAUCGCCAACUGCUUGUUUUUAUUGCAGAAUCCAGAACACUGUCUGAGGGCUUUGCUAUAGAAUUGUACCUCGUGACUGAUUAUGCGCACACAAGACCAUUUGGAAAACGAGAUAAACAGAGAGUUCAGUAUGCAACAGCACUCAUGCACUCUGUCAGUCUUCGAAUGCAGCAGCUUGAUCCUCCGGGCAGCAUAAUUAUAACGGCAAUUCAAGCAUCAUUUACCAUAAGGGAACCAUAUGUACACUUGCUUGGAAAUGACCUCGUCGGCAUGGAUACAAUGAAGUUGCUACAACAGCAUAUUCAGACUAACCGAUCAAUGUUGCAGUCGGACAUGGUGUUUAUGCUGACGGGGCGAGAUAUGAUUAGCGUCGUUAAUGGCAGCAAAAGUUACGUAUUGGCAGGUUUGGCUUACACGGGUCACGCUUGUAGGAGUCACAAGGUCGGAGUCGCAGAAGACAAGCCGGGAACGUUUUUGGGAGUACAGUACGUCGCUCACGAGAUAGGCCAUCUGUGA